AUGCAGAUCUUCGUGAAGACCCUCACCGGCAAGACCAUCACCCUUGAGGUCGAGUCGUCUGACACGAUCGACAAUGUGAAGGCCAAGAUCCAGGACAAGGAGGGAAUCCCCCCGGACCAGCAGCGCCUCAUCUUUGCCGGCAAGCAGCUCGAGGAUGGCCGCACCCUGGCUGACUACAACAUCCAGAAGGAGUCCACCCUCCACCUGGUGCUCCGCCUCCGUGGAGGCAUGCAGAUCUUUGUCAAGACCCUCACUGGCAAGACCAUCACGCUGGAGGUGGAGUCCUCGGACACCAUCGACAAUGUGAAGGCCAAGAUCAGGACAAGGAGGGCAUUCCCCCGGACCAGCAGCGUCUGA